GUAAAGAAAUGAUAGGCAAGGAACUCACCCAUGAGCAAGUUAACAAGUUGUCGGAAGAGGAGAUUAAGAAGUUCCAUAAGAGGUACGAGGCCGCCCUUGCAAGUAAGACCACGGACGCCGUAGCAGACUCCGCUAUCCGACUUGCCCCCAAGCUUCUUGGACUUGCGCUGCCCAUAGACGACGUGGAGCAACUGCGGAAGGACAUAAGCGAGGACUAUGUUAUUGCUCAAGAACUUAAGAUAACCUGUGGGUGGUUGUCUUUGAAGUGCGGUAAGUUAAUGGCAGUCGCCUCUGCGGCACUUCACGUAGCUCAGCAAGUUGACUUGAAGGAGGUACUAGGUUCCUCUGGAACAUCUUGGAAGGACUUUAAGAAGGACAGAGAAGUUGAAAGGGUAUUCGAGGCGGCACUUGCUGAGGUACCUGAUCAAGUCGCCUCAAGUACCUAGUUAAGUCAUCCCUAAGUACUUGGUCAGGUCGCGCCCAGGUUAUUUCCAAGUCGUCCUUAAGUCAUUCCAAAGUACUUGUCAAGUCCUUCAAGUCCUUAGUAUAAAUGAGUGAACCAGAGUCGAAGGCAGAGCAACCUCAGGAGGAGCAACGAAUCACCAAGGCUAAAUCUCCAGGCAGAGUCGCUGCCGGCAAGAAGCUCGCGGAGAUGAACAGGAAGAACAAAGCCAAAAAAGAAGAAAAGGUGGAGGAAAAAGAAGAGGAAUCCUUCAUUAAUCCGGGCUACGUAAUUGGCGCGUUGGGAGUUGCUAUAGCAGCAGGCAGCCUCUACUUACAAUGGCGGGCUACGAAGC